CUUUGAAAGCUCUUUUUCAACUUUUUUCUUUUUCAAUGCAAAGUAUAAAAUUAACAUGUAGAUAUAAACAUCUUUAAUUAUGUAAUUUGAUUUAUCUGUUCAUAUUAAACAAGACAAAUAAUACUUUUUAAACCCGGGUGAUAUAGGACCAAUAAAAGGAACACCGCUAUUAGAGUUCCGAUACUCCUUUUACAUAUAAAUACAAAAUUCAUUUCAUGUAGAUUCUUUCCCUUAUUUUUCUCAACUAUGUGUGGUAUUUUUGCUGUCUGCAACUAUCAAGGUGAUGUUGAUGCCUAUCGUCAACGUGCUCUCUAUCUCUCUAAAAAGAUCAGACACCGUGGUCCUGAUUGGAGUGGUUGUCAUGUUGCAAACAACAACAUCUUUUGUCAUGAACGUUUAGCUAUUGUGGGUGUUGCUUCGGGUGCUCAACCUCUUGUCAGUGAAGAUGGUAACUACAUUCUCUGUGUCAAUGGUGAAAUCUACAACCACAAACACUUGAGAAACCAAUUAAAGAAGCCUCACCAAUUCAAGACAGAAUCUGACUGUGAAGUGAUCAUGCACAUGUACGAUGAAAUGGGUACUGAUCUCGUUAAGCAUUUGGACGGUAUGUUCUCCUUUGUCCUUUUGGAUGUCAAGCGUAACAGAAUCAUUGCUGCCCGUGACCCUAUUGGUAUCACUACUCUUUACUAUGGUUGGAGCAGCAAGAUGCCUGAAACCGUCUUCUUCUCUUCUGAACUCAAGUCCUUGAACGAAGAAUGUGACAAGAUCUUGGCUUUCCCUCCUGGUCAUCUUUAUGACUCUGAAACCAAAGAAACCACUCGUUGGUUCAACCCUACUUGGUGGGACGAAAACAAGAUUCCUACAAGCCCCGUCGAUUAUAAGGUUUUGAGAGAGUCACUUGAAAAGGCUGUUCGCAAGCGAUUGAUGGCUGAAGUACCUUACGGUGUCUUGUUGUCUGGUGGUCUUGAUUCUAGUUUGAUUGCUUCUAUUGCUGUGAGAGAAGCUCAAAAGGUAGCAAGUGGUUCCGUAAGUGAGGAUGAUCAUUUUGAUGAGAGUGGUCCCAAGAGUUGGCCUGGUGUCCAUUCUUUCUCUGUUGGUCUCCCUGGAUCCCCUGAUUUAUUGGCCGCUAGAGAAGUAGCUAAAUUCUUGGGUACCAUUCACCACGAAUACACCUUCACGAUCCAAGAAGCUUUGGAUGCUGUGAGUGAUGUGAUUUACCAUUUGGAAACAUACGAUGUCACUACCAUUCGUGCCUCUACACCCAUGUAUCUCUUGUCUCGUAAGAUCAAGGCUUUAGGUGUUAAGAUGGUCUUGUCUGGUGAAGGUUCUGAUGAAGUCUUUGGUGGUUACCUUUACUUCCAUCAAGCUCCUGAUGCUUCUUCUUUCCAUACCGAAUGUGUCAGCCGUGUCAAGAUGUUGCACACCGCUGAUUGUCUUCGUGCCAACAAGUCUACCAUGGCCUGGGGUUUAGAAGCCCGUGUUCCUUUCCUCGACAAGGAAUUCUUGGAAGUCGCAAUGAACAUUGAUCCUCAAGAAAAACUCCAUAAGAAAGAAUUGGGCCGUGCUGAGAAAUACAUUAUCCGUAAAGCAUUUGACACCAGCGAUGAGCCUGAUGCCAAACCUUAUUUGCCCGACAACAUUUUGUGGCGUCAAAAGGAACAAUUCUCUGAUGGUGUUGGUUACAGUUGGAUCGAUACCUUGAAGGCUGUGAGUGAAAACAAGGUGUCUGAAGAAGAAUUGGCUCAAGCUGGCAACAGAUGGUCUAAGGAUACACCCGAUACGAAGGAAGCUUAUAUGUACCGUGUCAUGUUUGAACAAUGGUUCCCUCAACCUGCUUGUACUGCUUCUGUUGUGAGAUGGAUUCCUCGUGCUGAUUGGGGUUGUCCUUCUGAUCCUUCUGGUCGUGCUCAAAAGGUGCACGAUCAAGCUUAUGAAGAAAAGUAAUUUGUACAUAUAGAAUAAAAAGUUUAUUAUCAAAUUGGGUCAUGAGAGAGAGGGGGGUAUGAUGUUGUAUAUAAAAUAAAUUAACG